AUGCAUUUCCUAGUAUUUGGUGCUACCGGCAAGUCGUCAAAGCCUGCUGUUACGGGGGCUUGUGGAUCGAUUUUUAUCGAAACUGCGCAUAAGGAAGGCCAUUCUAUUGACCUCCUGGCUCGACCAAGCUCUGUCAUUCCGCAGAAACUGCGAUUGUGUUGUCGAAAAAUAAUACAAGGGCGUCUGGAUGACCCGGAAAUACUUCGCGAAGCAGCAGAAUCUGGCGCUGAUAUCUUUGUCUCUUUUGCCGGUCCACAUCAUGGGCAGAAAGGAACGCCAAUCACAGACUUCUAUCGCCAAUUUUUGCCUCUCCUAGGGACGCAGCACAGCAAGCGCGUCCUCAUUCUCAGCACGCCCUCCUUCACGGCUCCCGAGGAUAGACCAUCCUGGAAAUGGAACAUAGGUUCGAUUUUCAUGAAGAUUUUCAGCGGCGAACAGUAUGAAGAGAUGGUUCAGGCUGGAGUCUUUAUUACGUCCUUGUCGUUACAAGAUGUCAAGUGGGUACUGUACCGAGUGGGUCGGCUUACAGAUGGCGCCGCACAACCAGUUGUAACAACCUUUUUGGGUAGUGGGAGGGAUAACAUGUCCAUUAGUAGAUCAAGUGUAGCCAGAUGGGUUCUGACGGAAAGCCAACAAGCGAACUGGACGGGCAAGGCUCCUUACAUUUGCAAUUGA